UUCACAAGACUAAAUUCAAACUAUAAACCCCUAUCCACGAAAUUAUUUUUUGUAUUGAGUUGACCAAGGAAAAGCGAGAUUUUAACAGAUUACGGUAAAAAAAAUGGAUAAAAACGUAGAUGAACUGGAAAAAUGGGGGUUUCCAUUGGUGGAACUUUAUCGUAUGGCUUUACAGUUUUACAAACAAAACUCUGGAAAGGCUCUGCAUCUCUCCUACGUGGACAACUUGAAAUUGAUAGCAUUUAAGCAACAACAACAAUGUGGCCCAUUCGAUCCCAAAACAGCACCCGAAUUGGGGGUUCUCGAUGUUAUUGGCAAAGAUCGCCGCAUGCAUUGGCAAAUGUUGGGUGACAUUAGCCGGGAGCAGGCUAUGGAGGGUUUUAUCGAUUUGCUAGAUUCUAUGUGUAAUGCCUUCCGUCCCUAUGUGGAAGCGGUGAGAAAAAAUCGCGACGAGACACUCAAAGAGGAGCUGAAACGUAUGGAACAAGAGAAACAGGAAAAGGAACGUAAAGAACGCGAACAACAAGAGCUGCUGGAGGAGGGCUAUAAAGAAGAAAUGCAACGUCGGCAAUUACAGGAUGCACUGAAUAAACAAACAUAUCAACAGUUUAAGACCUAUGCGGAAAAGCAAUUCCCUGGUAAUCCUGAACAACAGGCAGUUCUUAUACAUCAAUUGCAGCAGGAACACUAUCAUCAAUAUAUGCAACAAUUGCACAUGCAGAAUCACAAUGUGGCUGGGGAGGCAACAACAAACAAUAAUAAUUUGGGUUCCAUGUCAGAGCAACAUAAAAAUCCCCUGGAUAUGGGCAAUGGUGGUAUUGGCCUUACAACUGAUGGUGAUGCCUUAAAUAAAGACUUGGCCAAAAUGUCAAUUGAGGAGACAACACAACAGCAGCCCCAUGAUGGUAACCAACAAUUACAAAAUCAUAAUAGCGACGAUGAUGAUUAUGUUCUUAUACAACCGGCAAAAAUCUGGACACGUCCAGACAUUGAAGAUUUUAAGGCUGAAGUCUCGGCAGGCGAUGGAGACGGGGUUAUUACCAUUGGCCAUGGGGAUACGGUCACGGUACGCGUCCCUACCAAUAUGAAUGGUAAAUCAAUAUUCUGGGAAUUUGCCACGGAUAAUUAUGACAUUGGUUUUGGCAUAUAUUUUGAAUGGAGCAAACCGGUUAGCCAAGAGGUCACAGUUCAUGUCAGUGACAGCGAUGAUGACGACGAAUUCCUCGAUGAAGAUUAUCUGUCGACCAAUGAAGACUUGGAAUGUGGAUCCCUGGCGAACGAUCGCAAUAAUUUGGCCAACAAUAGUGUCUCGAUAAAGCCACCCAUAUCAAUUAUUGUUCCCAUAUAUCGUCGCGAAUGUUUCAAUGAGGUGUAUGUUGGUUCCCACAGCUAUCCUGGCGAGGGCGUUUAUUUGCUUAAAUUCGAUAACAGCUAUAGUAUAUGGCGUUCAAAAACGCUAUACUAUCGGGUUUACUAUGAACGUUGAGAAAUAGGAGGUAUUUUUCUAUUAGUUCUUAAGUCUAGACAUCCCAUUACGUUUUGCAAAUCCUUUGCAUCAUAGUUCCAGUAUAUAUUAUUAUAUAAUAUUUAUUAUUAUUAUGUUUUAUAAAAGUAAACAAAAAAUCAAAAAACCAAAUGAAAAGCAUUCGUAUAACAAUUCAUCUCCAUUAGCGAUGGAGUAACGUUGAGAUAAUAAAUUUGUUUUUAAUGUCUGUAUCGCCAUCAUCAUCAAUGUUUGUACUUGGUCAAUGUAUCCAUGUUAAAGGAGAAAAUAAAUAUUCCUUGAAAGACUA